AUGGGCUCACGUCACUCUCGCCACGAACAAGCACGAUUCUCAUUCGCAAGAAAUGGAUCUCCACGUAAAUCUUACGAUUCUGAUCGUAGAAAAUCCGCUGAAGAGAAAGUUAAUGGACGAGACCACGCAUACCGGCAAGAAAAUCCAAAAUUCACAAUCCCGGAAAACACGCAAGGAAUCCCGCGCUUAGAAGUUCAACAUUACCUUAUGCGAUACCUUUAUCAAGGGAACUUUUCUUCGCCGCGAGGCGCGCUCAACGCUGAAGGUAGUCGCAUUCUUGAUCUUGGAUGCGGCGCUGGCACAUGGGCGAUAGAAGUCGCUAAAGAAUUUCCCAACUGUGAAGUGACGGGUGUCGACAUCUCCGCUUACUUCCCAAUUAAUCAUGACACGCCGAACGUUAAGUUCCUCGAGCACAAUUUCCAGGAGUGUAAUCGGCUACCAUUUGACGACAAUACUUUCGAUCUCGUCCACAUGAGAUUCUUGUUAGCGGACGUGAAAGAGAGAGAUAUUGAGAACGCAUUGAUCCCAGAACUUGUACGUGUGACUAAACCGAAUGGCUGGAUCGAGCUACUCGAAUUUGAUAUCCAACAUUUCAGUGAUGGACCUACCACCCGUCGUUUAACCAAUGCCUUAAUGCGACAUUUACAAUCGAACGGCUACAACGGUCAAAUAAGUGACAAACUCCCACAAUAUCUAAAGAAAACGCAGCAAAUAGACGUGGUCAACCAAUAUGAUAAAGCGAUAACGUUAGGACGCUGGGCAGGCAAGGUCGGCGAAUUGGCGAUCGAUGACAUCUCGAGACUAUUCAGUGAUAACAAGGAACUUUCACGCUCGAUGGGAAUCACCGAUGAAGAAUACCAAAAACUCAUCGAAGCAUACAAACAAGAAGUGGAAACUAAGCGAACCUUCUUCCGAACUCACCGAUUCUACGCACAAAAAAUCGAGAAAGCACCACAACCAAAAAGCCCUACUAUUGUAUCGUACAACCAUAAAGUUUAA